UGAUAAAUCGAUUCGUUCAGAGUUCCGAGAAGUCGAUUACUGGUGUCGAUAUAAUCUAGUUUAAAAUGUAGCACACACGUGUAUUUUCUGUAUUUUCUAUAAUUCCCAUUUUAUAAAAGAGUAAAGUACGAAUAAUAUUAAAACUACGAUGGCUAAUGAAAGCCUAAACAACAGUGCUCCACAGCUACAAAUAAAAUUUCUUACGAAGCAGGAACAGUAUGCUGUUCCGGAUUUCCCAUUAUCAGUGCACACAUCCAUUGUAACAAGUGAAUUAAAUACUCUUAUAAAUGAACUUCUAAAAGAGUCAACCGAUAUAAAAAAUGAUAUAGAAUUUGAUUUCUUAGUGUGCUCACAAUUUUUACGCACUUCAUUAAGUGAACAUAUAGCAGAAAAAAAUAUUUCUACAGAAGAAGUGAUUAUUGUUGAAUAUGUUGAAAAGUAUCCACCACCAGAACCUCAGGAUUGUCUUUUACAUGAUGAUUGGGUAUCUGCUGUUGAUGUUUAUGAAAAAUGGAUUUUGACUGGUUGUUAUGAUAACACAUUACAUAUAUGGACAUCUAAAGGGAAACAUCAUUUAGUAAUUCCUGGACAUACUUCACCUAUUAAAGCAGUAGCAUGGAUAUCCAUGACUAGUGACACGGCCAGUUUUGUUAGUGCAUCUCAAGAUCAAACAGCUAUAAUAUGGGAUUGGAACAUUAUGGAAAACUCUGUAGAUUGCAUUCAUGUAUGCAGGGGACAUGAACGUGGACUAGAAGCUGUUAGUAUUAAUUACGAUAAGACUAUAAUGGCAACUGGGGCGUGGGAUACAAUGCUUAAAAUCUGGUCUACAGCUAAUCAAGAUGAAAAUGAAGAUGGUGAAUCCAGCUCAAAAAGAUUAAAAUCAGAACAUGGUAAAACAAGGGUACCUAAAAGAACUAUGAAAGGUCACAAAGAAGCCAUUAGUGGUGUAGUAUGGUCAGAUAAAACAGAAAUUAUAACAUCCUCGUGGGAUCAUACGAUGAAAAUAUGGGAUUCAGAAUUAGGAGGAAUCAAACACGAACUGGCUGGAAAUAAAAGUUUCUUUGACCUCGAUUAUUCCCCAUUAACUCGUACUGUUAUAACAGCGUCAGCCGAUAGGCAUAUUAGAUUAUACGAUCCAAGAUCUACAGAGGGAACACUUGUGAAAGCAAUAUUUACUUCUCACACGCAAUGGGUACAAUCUGUACGAUGGUCGCCAGUGGACGAAACUCUUUUUAUUUCAGGAGCAUACGAUAAUGAGAUGAAACUCUGGGAUACCAGAAGUCCUAAAGCGCCAUUAUUUGACCUUUCUGGCCAUGAAGAUAAAGUAUUAUGUUGCAAUUGGUCGAAUCCCAAAUUCAUGGUAUCCGGAGGUGCGGAUAACACCGUAAGGAUAUUUAAAUCGAAACAUAUUGUUCGUUAAUAGCGAAAUGUUUUAUAACUUUUACAUAUAAUAGAGAAAUGAAUUGUGCAUAGUGCAAAUUAAUAAGAAUAAGAUUCUUUUUAUCAACUUAAUAUUUAUUAUAUUCUAAAUCAAGCAAUAUAAUCAUCUAAAAGAAAUAAACACGUAUCGCCAUCGUGAAACGUACUGAAUCACGAAAUCAUGUACUCAGUGUAAAAUAAUCAAAAGAUAUCGGAUCAAUCUUUUAACUUCAACAACGUAACUUGAAAUAAAUUAAACGUGAAUGCAGAUCGAGAUGAUGUAUAUAAAAUAAUUACAAAAUAUUUUCGUACAAAUAAACACAUCUAACGAAAUCAAAAAGACAAAAAGUACAACCCUAAUGGAAAAAGUAUUGCAUGGCCUAAGAAAAAGCUCUCAGCAUCAAAUCAAAAUUCGUACUCUUUUUAUUUCAAUGAGUUCUUUUUACGAUGUGUUUGCUUUCCUUUUUUUUUUCUUUUUAAUUUUACCCUUCUAUUUUACAUCAUUAUAAAACCACCAUUUAAUUGACAAAAGAGGAGAUCUAGUAAUCGUUCUCAUACAUUGCCAGCAUCUCGAUUAAAAUCUUUUUAUCUUCACCUCUUUUUUUAAAAUUUCGAAUCUUUAUUGCGCACAAAUUAAAAGCAUUUACUCAAAAUAGUACAAAUCGCAUCAGCGUGUACGGUGUUAAAAGUAUUAAGAAAAAGACUCGUUACGUUCUACCGUAUUACCAAAAAUCGAACAUGGCAUAUUAAUUCUCCAUAGUCUUGUUACUCCGCAGAAAACAAUCCUAUCGUCGAUUAGUAUAAACGCGGACGCUGGAUGUAUUAUUACACAAUUAGUUGGGAUAAUGUGGGGGGCUUAUUAUUUUAACAUUUCUUACAAAGGACAAAUGUUCAGUCUGUUGGACAUGCUGUACUACUACACAUUAGUAAACAGUAUAAUUUCGUUUAACCGAUGUUCGAUUGAGAAGAACGUGAUAUUUCUUGUUUCCUUUUUGGAGUUUCUCCUAUUUUCGUUUUCUUUUUUUCUUUUUAAUUCGUUAAGCUCACUCUUUUAGUCCUGGAGAAUACCAAAAAUCUAUCUCAGGAUAUAACAUUGAAAAAGGCAUAUACAAUAGUCGCUACUUGAUUCAAUAGAAGGCAUAUCUCUCUUUUUUUUAGUGUUGGAAUACGUGUAAAUACAGUCACUGAUUUUGUACGAGAGUAAGUUUAUUUUACAGACUUUACAUUUCGUUUGUUCGUUUCU